AUGUACGGCGCGGUCUCGUGGUUUGAGCGCCUCCGAACAGUGUUCAUUCUGGUACCCCUUCCCUUCGUGUCCCUCUCUCGCCUCCUCUCCCCGUUUCUCGCGUCAGAGAAGCACAAGACAUGGCGGUGUGUUCUCACUGACGCCUGCUUCAGCUACAUCCCGUCUUCCAUCUGCGUGAAAGCAGAGCGCCGUGGGCACGACACGGAAUGUUUACGAGACAUGGGGGGAGAAGAACGGCGUGGAGGUGGGACGUAUUGCCUGCCUCUCCAAGACUUUGCAGCCACAUUCUGCAAGGACGCAAUCGACAAUGUCGAGAAGACUACUGAGACUAAGGUCGGCCUUGUCCCUCUGACCUAUUCUCUCAUCCCAGAAGCCUAUGUCCCCAACCAACUCCCCAAGCUCAUCAAGGCCAUCCACUACCUCCUCCAGCAAGGUGUAUACCCCUCGAACAUCCAUCUCGCAGGCAGGGCUCUCGUCCUCCAGCUUCUCUCGCACAUCCGUGUCCACCAUCCCAUAUAUCUCAGCCAAGCUCCUGAAGGCGAGUGCGACGGGCUCGAAGGCGUGGUGCUAUGUGUGUUCAUCAGUAUCGGCGAGUACGAGUGCUUACGACGUCGUCAAGGCUAUUGGACAGUUGUGCAAGGACGAUUUCGUGACAACGGCCGUACAAACGAAGGGGUGCAUGAUGACCAAUACUUGGACGUGAUGGCGGGCGAGAAGCGUCCUGGAGAGUUGACGAUGAAGAUCAACGAAUGA